CAAUCCAUCCUAGGGUUCUUCUUCUUCCCUUGUGGUAAAAUACAAUAACAUUAAUAAGUAAUUAGUUUAGCAGAUCCGAAUUCAAAGAGUCAGGCCGCAGGAAUGAGCAGAGGAGGGAGCUACGGCGGCGGGCAGAGCUCCCUGGGCUACCUUUUCGGGUCCGGCGAGAAAGAACCACCUCGAGGACAGCGACCAUCCCCUUCCCGGCAGCCGGUCAACCUCCCGCCCUACGGAGUUGACUUAGAAAUGAUGCAGGCGCCUGAUCGUGAUGAUCUUCACGCGCCGCCGCUGACCGCUGACCAACGACCGCCGGGAAAUGAUCUCCAGAAGCCCUCCCCUUCAAACAACUAUCCCAGGGCUCAUGGACAGAAUUCAGGCAACUUCAUCACUGAUCGUCCCUCGACAAAAGUGAAGUCAGUUCCUGGAGGAAAUUCUUCUCUGGGAUACUUGUUUGAGGAUCAACAAGACUAGCUUGAUCAUAACCUUAUUGUUGUGGGCUUCAUUAAUUAUGAUGCAUGAAAUUUAAAAAAAAAAAAAAUGAGAUGGAGCUCAUGGGUUUGCUUAAGCUUUCUAUUAAUGUUUGGAUUUGCUCUUUCUUUCCAAUAAGAUAGAGGUGAAGAAUUGUAAUCUUAACCUUCUCGAGAGAAGUGAUGGAACAUCUGGUUGAUGGGUCACUCUACUAAUUAUCUAGGGUUGUGUCUGUUUCUGUGGAUUUGCAGACUGACUAGAAAAAUGUGGUCAUGGUGAUCAUAUGUAUGUCUAUGUGUGGUUUUCAUAUGUAGUCCCAAAGCAAUUUAGUAAGUUUGGUUUGUGCUUUAUAUUGUCUACAAAAAGAAAGCUGCGUUAUGGUUUGUAUGAAAGUGGACUGUGGAGCCUGUUGAGCUAGGAAAGCAAAUUCAUGGCUCCAUAUUUUAUACCCGAAUAUGGGUUUUGUGUAUGCAAUGACGAUGGCAGAAAUGGGCAUGCAAUUGGAC